GCCGGGGGCCGGGACGCCAUGUCCAUGGAGGACCCCUUCUUUGUGGUGAAAGGAGAGGUACAGAAAGCUGUCAACACUGCCCAGGGGUUGUUUCAGAGAUGGACAGAGCUCCUCCAGGACCCUUCCACGGCCACAAGGGAGGAAAUCGACUGGACCACCAACGAGCUGAGAAACAACCUCCGGAGCAUAGAGUGGGACCUAGAGGACCUGGACGAAACCAUCAGCAUAGUUGAAGCAAAUCCUAGAAAAUUCAAUCUCGACGCAACUGAAUUGAGUAUAAGAAAAUCCUUCAUCACGAGUACUCGGCAAGUUGUCAGGGACAUGAAAGAUCAGAUGUCAACUUCAUCUGUGCAGGCAUUAGCUGAAAGAAAAAACAGACAGGCGCUGCUGGGAGACAGCGGUGGCCAGAAGUGGAGCACAGGAACCCCAGAUAAAUACGGGCGCCUGGACCGUGAGCUCCAAUUAGCCAACUCCCACUUCAUCGAGGAGCAGCAGGCACAGCAACAGCUGAUCGUGGAGCAGCAGGAUGAGCAGUUGGAGCUGGUCUCUGGCAGCAUCGGGGUGCUGAAGAAUAUGUCCCAGCGCAUCGGAGGGGAGCUGGAGGAACAGGCAGUUAUGCUGGAUGAUUUCUCCCAUGAGUUGGAGAGCACUCACUCUCGGCUGGACAAUGUGAUGAAGAAACUUGCAAAAGUAUCGCACAUGACCAGUGAUCGGCGCCAGUGGUGUGCCAUAGCCGUCCUCUUUGCCAUCCUGCUGGUCGUGCUGCUCCUCUUCUUAGUGCUGUGACGCACAGGAACCGGGAGGAGGACAAGCAGCCCGCGGUGCCGGCUCCCACCUGCCACUCCUGGGAACACAGCCCGCGCUGACUUUUCUCUGGGUGACCCCACCAUUGAGGCAGCUCCUCCGUCCAGUGCUGGAGGGGCCGGUGGGAAGAGGACCUAACAGCUUCACACUCCCGGCGCCACCUGUCCUGUCCUGAGGACAGCUUGCCUCUGCUUUGCUCCCUGGACCUCGUUCCCCGUGGAGGGCCUCUGAGGAAUCCAGAACAAUUCGCAGACUCAGCUAGUGUUCAGUGUUGCUCAUUGCGUCCGUCCGUCUCUGGCAGCUCUUUUCUCCUGCUCAGACCCUCUCCCUGCCCAGCCGGCAGCCAGAAGGACCCUGUCGGGAAUGGGGCUCCUGGGUUCUCUCCGCUGCCCCUCGUGGGAGUGUUCUUUAGCCCCUGAGAGCUGGUCAUUCUGGAGACAGAAGGCCCAGAAGCAGUUUGGGACAGAAAAUGCAGUGGUUCUUUUUGCAGGGAUGAUUGCUUUUCCAGGCACAUCUUUUUGUGGUAAGAACUAAUGGGAAAUCAUGAAAAGCACUGGGCUUUGGGAGUGCUAACAACUUGUGUCUUGAAUGGAAGGGAGGAAGGGGAGCAGGACCCUGAGUGUGCACAGCUGAGGGAAGGGGGCAAGGUCAUGGGAGGUCACAGCCUGGCUGAAUUCAGGUGGCUGUCCUGCAGGCUCCUCCCCAGGGGUGCAAUGCUUAUUUUUAGGAUGACCCUUACACAUAUGGCUGCUGAGCAGCACACGAAUGGAUUUAGAUCCUGUGGCUCUCUCUCCCUUGGCAGAUGGGGUUGGGAGUGGUUAGCACAUUUAUUACAUUUAGUCAGAAACUGUAAUGACAAAAAAGGCUAGUUCUGGACCAGGCUUUUCUAGCCCUGUGAGAAAUGGCAAAAAGGGGUAGGUGAACUGGUUGUUUUUUCCCUUCAGAUGACAACUUGAUUUUUAUCCAUUCAAAUCACUGAGCCAAUCCAAAUUUAAACAACAGAAGCUUCCAUUGAGUUUUAGUUGCUGAGACACUAAACUUCAAGCUUCUGGUGACUCUGCGUCCAACGUGCCCAUGUACAUAGGAUAUUUUUAUAGCCUCCCUGACGAAUAACCUAAUACUGAAGCAGCAGCUGAGCGAGGCAGCCUGGCGGCCAAGGCUGCAUCUUCACCGUCCUCUUUUGCACGUGGGAAGCGCAGUGACAUCAGAUAGAGUUCUAGCUUUGACUUCUCAUUUCCUAAUCUUUUGGGGUCCAUUCCUAACUUUUUCAAACUUUUUUUUCUCCUUUUGUUUGUAUUUCUUGGUUUUUGUUUUGUUUGGGGCUUUUAUUCCUAUUUUUUUUUUUUUUUGUGAUUUGCAAUGAUGUAUUUGCCCAGCUAACUUUUGAAUUGCACUUUUUAAUAAAUAUUUGUAACAAUUUUUUAAA